AUGUGGACAAAAAUUGCUGAAGAUAUUUCUGCACAAGGAAUUGCAGUUAGAACUGCGGAUGAAUGUAGUAAUAAGUGGCAAAACUUGAAAAGAGAGAGCAAGGCAGCAGUUACCAAUGAAAAGUUAGAACGGCGUAAAACGGGCGGAGGGACCCUGACACUGACAGCUGUCGCCGAUGAACAAAAAGUUCGGAUCGCCGAAAUGUACAAAGAUUCGGCAUCCUUCAAUGGGAUUAUUGGAAGAUUGGACAGCGAUGAAGCUGAUGGUCGUCAUUUUCUGUCCAACAUCACAGUUGCGCCCGCUGUGGGAACAGUUGAACAAACGGAGCAGUCAAGUGAGUGUUGUAAUAAAGGGCCAGCAAAGAAACAAAAGAAGUUCACAACAAAGACAGAAGAACUUCAGUACUGGCAGGUACAAUAUUUCAAAGGGGAGGCGGAAAAGCAGGAACGGGAGAAACAACUACUUGAUCUAAGGAUUCGUAUGCUGCUGAAAGAGGAAAUGCGUCGUGACCAGAACGUUAUUGAUGAGAUCAUCAAUGGAAAAAUUUUCGAGGACUAAAUAUAAUGGUUAUAUUGACUUAGUUGCC